UACAUGCGACACCCAUCAGUUCCUCUCACACGACACCACGCCGCGGCAGCCGCCCCGCGCGUCCACGCCACCUCCGUCCACUGCCAUGCCUUCCCGCCUUCUCCUCCAGCAGCCACUCCCGCCGCCCGCGCCGCCGCCGCCUCCGCUUCCCGCCACGAACCACCACCUCCGCCGCGCCCUCCUCGCCGCUAUCGCCGCCUCCGCCGCGGUCGCGGCGGCACUGCUGCUCCUGCUCGCCCUCGUCCUCCUCCUCCGGCGCCGGCGCCGGCGGCACCCCACGCUCCCCUUCUCCCCGCCGCCGGACCCGGCGCGCCCGCUCCGCCGCUACUCCCGCCGCGCUCUGCGCCGCGCCACGGGCGGGUUCCCCCCGUCCCGCCUCCUCGGCCGCGGCGCCGCCUCGCCGGUCUACCUCGCCACCUUCCCCGACGCCUCGCUCGCCGCCGUCAAGACCUGCGCGUCGCCGCACGAGCUCCACCUCCUCGCGUCGCUCCCGGACUCACCACGCCUCGUCUCGCUACUUGGCUACUCCCCCGGCUCAGGCUCCGGCUCCGGCGCCGGCGGCGCCGCGGCCGCCGAACGCCCGCUCCUCCUCGUCUUCGAGUACAUGCCCCAGGGCUCCCUCCAGGGCGCGCUCUUCGGAGGCGGCGGCGACGCUGCCACCCGCGACGCGCAGUUCCUGGAUUGGCCCAAGCGGCUCGCCGUCAUCCGCGACGUGGCGCGCGCGCUCGCCUUCCUCCACGCCGAGUGCCAGCCGCCCGUCGUGCACGGCGACCUCAAGCCCAGCAACGUCCUCCUCGACGCUGAUUUCCGCGCCAAGCUCGCCGACUUCGGCCUCGCGCGCUUCAAGACUCCCGACGCCGUCGCCGCUUCCGGCGCCGCCGGGGACGAUUUCAUGAGCCAGGAGCUCGGCGAGGCCGGCGACCACCUCUCCACCACCGCCUCCGCUGCCGGCGGUGCCAGAACGGAUACCAAGGACGAGUCUGGCCCGGCUGGCGCCUGGGGAAAGGAGUGGUGGUGGAAGCAGGACGGCAGCGGCGAGCUUGACUCGAGGGAUUACGUCGCCGAGUGGAUUGGCAGCCAAAUCUGCCCGGAGAGGAACCCGGAUUGGGCCGACGAGAACGACGGCGACGCCAACGAUCACAAGAACUCGCCCUCCGGCACGGACGAACAAGCCGUGUCAGCCUCGCCGGAGGACAAGAAGAACGCCGACGGCAACGGCAAUGUCGUCGACGGCUCUAAGAAGGAGGCGACCAAGAUGAGGGAGUGGUGGAAAGAGGAGUUCUUCGAGGAGAUGAGCAAGAAGGGGCCCAGCUUCGACAAGCGCCGCGGCGGCGGCAAGCCGUGGCUCCGUUCGAUCAGCAUGAACACCGGCCACGGCCACGGCAACGGCGACAGCAAUGUCGAGCCGAGCGCUCUGGACCUCAGCUUCCGUAGAGGCCGGAAGCGGAGCCGGCGGCGCGGCCGGUCAGUGGGCAGCGACAUCCACAGCGGCUGCGGCGGGGACUUCCUCAGCCGGGAGCUGAGCAGCACGACGAGCAUGCGCGGCACGGUGUGCUACGUCGCGCCGGAGUGCGGCGGCGGGCCGUGCGAGCACGGCAGCGAGCUGCUGGAAAAGGCCGACGUGUACAGCUUCGGCGUGCUCGUGCUGGUGAUCCUGUCCGGCCGGCGGCCGCUGCACAUCCUGUCGUCGCCGAUGAAGCUGGAGAAGGCCAACCUGGUGAGCUGGUGCCGGCAGCUGGCGCGCGCCGGGAACGUGCUCGAGCUCAUGGACGAGAGGCUGGACGGCGGAUACGACAAGGACCAGGCCGCGCAGUGCGUGCAGCUCGCGCUGCUCUGCCUGCAGCGGCAGCCGGAGCUCCGGCCGGACAGCACUGACAUUGUCAAGAUCCUGGACGGCGAGAUGGAGCUGCCGCCGGCGCCGGUGGAGUUCUCGCCGUCGCCCCGCGUGCGGCCGUUCCCGCGGUCGUCGCGCCGCGCGCCGCAGCCAGAUGCUGCCGAGUGAUGAUGAAUCCUUAGAGAAACCAAAGGGCCAAUGAAAGAUGAACGAUCAUAUCUUUCAAAUGUACAAGAAGAUAACCAUGGCGGGGAGCAAUGAAGUCAAUCAGAUACUUGAAGUAUGUGCAGUGCAGCCAAUAAGACGGAGCAUUAAGUUACUUUCAGUGAUGUUUGCUGAUACCACAGAAAUAGCAGCACAUUGCGUAGCACUUGCGUAAUCUGUCAGUACACCACAAAAUUGGUCAAAUAUGAUGCGUCUCUAUCAAUCUUUGGCAGAAUAUGAUGUCCAGCACCAAGGUCAACUGUACAUAAUUGGAUACAGAAUAGAGUUCAUCGGUUCGAAAAAAUGAACACAAAAAAUUGUGUUUGAGCUCAGUUCAACGAGUUUUCAACUGCCAUGAUCAUUUCUGAACAACCACAGAGGAGGUUUUGCAUCCGCUAAAUUACUUUUGGUCAUUUUUCUCCAUGAAUCAACCCCUUUGCUGCAUCAAAUGGAUGUUUCUUUACAGCCUGACUCUUCAACAGUCAUGGUGAGUUCAUACAAUAAUUUUCAAAAGUAUCAAAAGGACGAGUUCGUUAAAGAAGUUUCAGCACGCCACGGCGCCAGGCCCAUAGUGCUAGUGCCCCACCACCAUGGGUUGCUUGCUCCCCGGUGGAGUCAAACAUUUUCACCAACCACGGCUGCAUGGUUGGUUGGUGUUACCCCUUUUUCAUGAGGCCACCAGGAGUAUAUCCACCAGGCACUACCACUGCACAUGUGAAAUACUAUUCCACAUGAAGUUAGUUGAACGAAUCUCCUGCUCGGUACCAACUCUGAUACUCUGGACUCCUGAAAACCUGAACAUAGCAAAGAACCUUCCACAUGGCUGGAAUUUCUUCAGGGAAACUAAAACUCCUAACCUUUACUCUUGUUCCAUUUUCCACAGAUCUUUUAUCAGAGAUUUUAUGUUGCGUAAAACUAUAUGAUAUUCUUUUCCAAUCCAUCAAACCCCAUCGCUGCGAAGAAAAUUCAUUU